GUGUACAUCCGCUCGGUGUGUUGUGUCUGUGUGGCACAUAUGCGUGGGGUUCACACGACCGGUAGAUAAAUGUCUCUCAGUCAUGCCCGCCGUGCGGAAGUACCGAAGGGAUACCAGCGAGGUGAGCUGCUGCCUCAAGUACGUGAUCUUUGGAUUUAACGUCAUGUUCUGGUGGCUCGGUCUGGGUAUCAUGGCAGUGGGCGUCUGGGCAUGGACCGAAAAGGACACCUUCAACAACCUGUCCCGCCUCACAAACGUCGCACUCGAUCCAGCAUUUAUCCUCAUUCUAGUCGGUACAGUGACAUUUAUCAUCGGUUUCACGGGAUGCGUCGGCGCGCUACGGGAGAAUACGUGCCUCCUCGCCGCGUACGCGAUAUUUUUAGCACUAUUGCUGUUAAUGGAAAUGACUGUCGGUGUUUUGGGAUUUAUCUUCAAAGAUUGGAUAAAAUCACAAGCUACGGGGGGCUUCCAAGCGUUCAUUAUCCACUACAGAGAGGAUCCUGAUCAGCAGAAUCUCAUUGAUUGGAUUCAAGAAGAUUGGUUGCAAUGUUGCGGCAUCGAGGGCCCGAAGGAUUGGGACCGCAACAAUUAUUUUAAUUGUUCGUCGAGCGAUAUAGGCUCGAGGGAAGCGUGCGGCGUGCCUUUUAGCUGUUGCAAGCGAAAACCUAAUGAAAUCAUAAAAAAUAAACAAUGCGGUUAUGAUGUAAGAAAGCCCAGUUACACGGGAGAGAGGAGUAUAUUCGAGCGGGGUUGCCUAAGAGCGGGUGAGGAAUGGCUAGAAUUGAACCUCGUACCCGUCGCUGGUACCGUGGUCAGCACCAUGGUUCUACAGAACUUUGAGGUCGCCAAAGUGAUUUACGAAAAAGGUUGCAUACAGGCCGGCGAGGAGUGGAUAGAACGAAAUCUCCUCGCGAUUGCCAGCGGUGCAGUUGGCACAGCAUUCACUCAGAUUCUGGGAAUCUGCUUCGCGCAGAAUCUGCGCGCGGAUAUAUUCGCGCAAAAGGCGAAGUGGCAUUGACAAUCGCGUGCCCCCACGGCAGUCUAGCAUCUUAUCUUUAUAGAUGCUAACCGGUUACGUUGAUUGAAUUACAAAGUCUCGACGUAAACUCAGAGCUCUGGCGAGUGGACCCGGAUGUUUUCCCGGACGAAGAGAAGACGGAUACUUCGAAGGAUUUUCACGAUCGAGGCAACAGCGCUGACCGGAUGCCGAAUGCGAUUCUCUAACGAUAAUCAGAUCUGCUCGAUAGCGCUGUGUUUCACACCGCUCGAAUCCUUCGACUUGUAAAUAACCGAGAAACGGUCGCGUGCGAUGACCCCGUCUUGCUCCUUCCAUACCGUCCAAUCGAUUAAUCAUCUGAUUUGUCGAAUAAUGAGAGAAAUUGAUUGUUUUCAAAGUUUAUUUUUGUUCAUUCUUUGCAAUCGUGCGCUGAUUAACAUCGCUCUUGAAUAGAUUUCUUAUCGUAAAUAUAGACGGAGUAAUCUUUAAAAGUAAUGAAUUUUUUAAAAAUAUUUAUAUGUAUUUUUUAU